AUGCUCGGCCUUUGGGAUUCCGUGGGGCCGCCUCCUCCGGUCGUGAUUGAUCCACCCUUCCUGCCCUCCGGGUCCGACGUGGCCGACAUGAAGCUUCUCUGGUUCUUCACCAACUACACCUGCUCGUCCUUUUCCGUCGAAGGCGGCGCGGUGAGGCCCGUCGAAAACGUCCUGCGAAACGACGUGGUCAGGAUGUCCCUCCAAGCUCCCUUCUUGAGGCAUACUCUGCUGGCCCUGGCUGGUCUCCAUCAGCAGACCCUCCAUGUCGACUUUGACCUAUGCCGAGCUCUGCAGCACCGGGCCAACGCCUUUCAUGACUUUCGCAUGGCCUUUGAGUCGCCCAGGGCAGACAUGUCAGACAUGUUUCCCGCCAUGUUGAUAAACUCCCUCCUUCUCACCGCCCUCACCUCCCAGAGCUUUAGAGAGUGGGACAGCCAGGACCUCUACAUCAUCAACUGGAUGAUAAUCUGGAGAGGCAUCCGCAUCAUUUUGGACCGCAUCGACAAACCGACACUGGCCAACAGUGGGCUACAGGCCCUUUUUUACAGGCCACUCGUGGACCUCAAGCAAGCCGUCGUCGAGAUCCCCGCAAACCUCCUCCGGAUGCUUCAUGAGAUCGAGGUUGGCGAGGACGAUUACCCGGACGCCAAGAUAUACUUCAAAACACUCAAGUACCUGGGCUCCCUGUACCACCACCUCCGUCAUCGCGGCUUUGGCGCCAUUAUGCGGUUGCGCAUCAUCACCUGGUUCACUUUCUUGCCAGGCCGCUUCAUCGACCUGGCCCGCGACAAGCGGCCGCGCGCUCUCGUCAUCGUCGCUCACUACGCCGCCUUUCUCAAGCUUAUGGGCGAGGUCUGGUGGCUGAAGCGCGUGGGCGACCGCGCGCUCUACGAUCUCUGCCGCUUCAUUGACCCCAAGUUUUUCAAUCUUCUCCAGAUGCCCCGGGCCGCACAGGCUAUGACAGACGAGCUCUCCGUCGCCCGCGUCAUCCUCAAUGACGCUGAAUGGGUCUCCCGCGUGCCCGCCGGUCAUCAUUGGGAUGAGCAGCAAGAGUCCGAGACCAGAAGGCUCACUUGGGUCAACAACGAAGGCAGGGAGGCUACCCUUAAGGAGGAGGGUGCCGUCGAGGAUCUGGAACCCGUCACUACGGUGCCAUAUCCAGACGUCUGA